ACAAUGGCAAGUGAACGAUGGAAGGACGAUAUCGCAUACGCGAUGAUUCCUUUCAAAUUGAUUACGUGGCCUAUCGGCUCAUGGCCUCUUCAAGUUUAUGAUAUGUAUUCGCUAUUGCGUUGUGGCUUAGGCACUUGUUGUGCGAGUCUAAUUGUGAUCUUGUCUUCCAUGGAGUUAUACAUGGGCUGUACUUGUUAUAUGGCUUGUACUGAUGUAGAGCAAAAUAUAGUCUGUCUGACAACAAUCUGUUGCGGAUUACUCGGUGUACUGAAGAUAACAUGGUUUCGCAUUUAUGCAAAUAGUUUAAUUAACAAUUACAACUCUGCUCUGAACGAUUAUCAGACGAUUGACAAUACAAAAGAGCGCGAUAUUAUGCGAAAACAUGCAUUUAUAGGAAGAAUUCUUUGCUAUUCCAUGUUGGGUUUUUCUUACAGUAGUUGUGUAAUAUAUGCAAUAAAUCCUUUUUUGCAUUAUGAUCAAGAUAAUCGGAUUAACAUAACGAACGAAGAUAUUAUGUUAGAAUACGCAAUACCAUCGAGAUGCGCUUUGGAAUAUUUUAAUUUUCCAACGAAUAUGUAUAAAAUCUCCAUUCUAGUUGAAACUGUACUAGUGAUACUGGCGACUACAGCUAACAUUGGUAAUGAUGUGUUGUUCCUCAACAUUACAUUGCAUGUUUGCGGUCAAGUAAAUAUUUUGAGGAUGCACUUUUUCAACUUUGAUGUAAAAAGUCCACGAAUCUACAAUCGUUUCAAUGCGCUAAUUCAAAGACAUCAAGACUUGAUAAUGUUGGCCAGAGAACUUGUCGAUUUGAUCAGUUUUGUAUUGUUGAUAGAACUAUUCAUUAUCACUAUAUUAUUAUGUAUGAUAGGAUUUCAGUUCAUUUUCGCUUUGAAAAUCAAUAACACCAUUAUGAUAGGAAAAAGUUUAAUGGUAUUGAGUGUCUUCCUGACACAAUUAUCGCUGUAUAGUUUUAUCGGAAAUUAUUUGAAAUCUGAAAUGGAAGAGAUAGGACUCUCCAUUUAUCAAAGUGCGUGGUAUAACUUUCCUAGAAAAUUAACAAAAAAUGUAAUCUUUGUUCUUAUGCAAACAAAAUAUCCAGUCGCGUUGCAGGCUGGAAAUUACAUCGUGGUCAAUCUCUCAACUUAUUUGAGUAUUUUAAAAACAUCUUUUUCAUAUUUGUCUGUACUUCGUAUAAUUCUUGAAGUGUAAACUAUAAGUUGCGAGUAAAAGGAAUUUGCAAACUGUAAAUAUCUGAUAGGUUUAAAAUAGUACGAUAUGAUAUUUCAAAAAGAA